AUGAGAUGGGUUCCUAGGAUAAAGAAACUUAAUUUAUCUUUUAAUAAUUUAAGAGGAUUUGUUAAUUCUGAAGUUCCUAGUCUUACUCACUUAGAUGUUCGCAGUAAUGCCCUUACUAACUUGGACUUAAGAGGAGCAAGAGACUUAGUAGAAUUAAAUUGUUCGAAUAACACCUCCCUUACUAAUUUUUCCUUUCCUUCUUUUGCUAAGCUUAACUCCUUUGAUUGUUUGGAUACUAAACUUAUCAAAUCUGAUACUACUUCUUCAAAUCCAGAAACAAAAGCUACCUCUGCAGUUUCAACCGAAACUGUCUACCUAAAUAAUCCCGCUCUAACUAUGGGCUUAGGAGCAGAAAUAAUAUUCUACGAGCGGCUGGUAACAGGUAGCAACUAUUCAAAACUCAUCAUGGAGGAACAAGCAUUUCGCUAUUACCUUAGCGAUUAUACCAAAGAAAUUACAGAAGAAUUACCAAAAUUAAAGGCUAUUAGUGAUAUAGAAAAGCAAUCUAAUGAAACUAGUUUUGCUCACCGUAAAUAUUGUGCAAAACUAGAUAAUCUUAUUACAUGA